CUCCGCCCCACAGCGGCCGCCAGCGCGUCCAAGCCCACUGCGUCAGCGCCAGUCAAGUAUGCGCCCGCGACGCGCGAGGAGGUGCUCGCCGCCACGCUUGGCUCCCUCGUUUCGCGCGGCGACCCUCCGGCCAACACGCCGUCGCCACGGCGCGAGCGCCCCUCUUCGGCAGCCGCCGACUUUGCUAGAGAGUACCGCGAGCGCCCUCGGACGGCCGAGGGGUCUCGCCGCUUCGACGGGUCGCCUCGCCGCGUUGAGAGUAUGCGGGAGCGUCCGGCGUCCCGCCUCUCCAAGCUGGCAGAGGUCACUGAGUGCGAGGUUUUGGCGAGCACCCCAACUACACCCAAGAUCCAGGUCUCGCCAUCUAGAGUCGCGCCCCGCGUUGAUGUCAAUAUCUCGACUUCUAACUUCUCGCCUCUCCGUCCCUCGCCACCUCUGGUGUCCAAGUACCGCGGCCCGCCGACUGUGCCCUCGCCCAACCGCAAGGCCAAGCAGAGCACGGCGCCCAGCGAGCUCGUUCACGCCGAUAACCCCGUACCCGAUCUGGAGCGCCUCGCGGAGUGGGCGAAGCAAGUGGAGCUGUACGUGGAGCAGGCGAGGCGUGCGAUGGCCGAGGGCCGCCCUGUGCCGUCCAUGACGCUGCCCGACCUCGAGGAGCUGAAAGGCCACCACGCGCAGUCUACGGCCCAGGCCACACGUCCCGAGAGUCCCCCCUUCCCUCGGAAAAGCGACAGACUUGGGCCUCGAGACAGGAAGAGGUCUGAGGUCACCGGAGAGGCUGAGGUGCCGGCGAUGACCGUAAGCUCGCGCAGAACCGCGAGCACGGCACUCCAGACGCCAGCUACGGCUCGUACCUCUUUGCCAAAGGUGAAGGGCAAGGGCAAGGAGAAGGAAGCGGAGAAGGAGAAGGACACAGAGACGGAAAACGAAAAGGAGAAGGAGAAGGGCUCGCUAUCCAAGGCCGCAUCGCAGACGCUCAAGCGCCACCCCGUGAGCCAGGUCUUCCGCCGGUGGGGUGAUCGCCAUGAUAAGGGAGCCACGCCCGAGCAGCCGCGUAUCGCGGUGCGCAAGAGCGAGCCGCAGCUCGAGCGGCGGCCCGUCUCGUCCCAGCUACAGGAGGUGCUGGGCGAGGAGGAGCCUGAGCGCGUCACCCCUAGCCGCCUGGGCAAGGCGGCCAGCAGCCGGAGCCUGCGUGAGGUGGUGCAGGUCGGCCUCGGGCGGGACCGGAGCAAGACAGUGCCGCGCCGCUUCGGCGCCAGUCCCUACGCCGAGCGCGAGACCCAGGAAAGCAGCAAGAAGGAGGACAAGAAGGAGAGAAGAAUCAGCCUGUUCAAGCUUUUCAAGGGCAAGAAGUAGACAUUUGGUACGAGCGCACACGAGCACGCUCAUCGGGAAACAUACGCUCGCCCAUGAUCACUUGGAUCGCUUGUGAAUAUUACAUACCUAGUGCUACUCGUGCAAAUGUCA